AUGGCUACUCCAUCUUUUUUAUGUGUCCCUCUUUUCCUUGGUGCUCUGAUUCAUGCAGUCCAUCGCUCAAUAUUUCAAAACAUCUUCGCUGAGAACAACAGCAUGCACUGGUCUAUCGAGCCUUUUGAGGAAUGCUACAAUUCCAUUCGAAAGUUUGGUUCUGUGGACCAAAAUCUUCUAGAGAACAUUAGUGAAGAUCUAUUGUCUCUUUUGAUUCAUCCUGGAAGAAACGACAAAUCCAAGUCGCAGCUCAUCAACGAAAACGAACCUAUCACGUUCUCCAAUGGUGACCAAUAUAGACUCAACAGAGAGUUCAUUGACGUCUCGGGAGUGCUUGCAGCAGAACUUGACUUGGACGAAAUAGCAACUGCCGAACUUCUUUGGUACGCCAACAAAUUAUCUUUCAACAACGGCACAUCUUUCAUCGACAGUGGUCGUUACGCAUAUUUCACAAGAGCUCAGUAUAUCCUUAAUAUCCUUGGAUACCUCACACUGCAAGAGGAGCUCGGAAUGGUUGUCAAAGACUACCAAAAAUUUCUUGACAAUGUUUUACAAAGUUUCAAAAUCAUAUACUCACACGUGAGUACCCUAAAUGAACUUAUUGAUAAACAAAAGGUUACAGGUGACAUUAACAAUCUCCAGUUUACUAGUGCCAUUGCUUACCUGCGCUCGAACUUGUUCAAAUUUCACGAACUACUUGGUGAACUAUUGUUUGGACUUUUUUCCAGGUACUUUGCUCACUACAAUACUUCUCAACAUUUCACAAAAAAUAUCGACCAUAUCAAACAAAACGUUGCCGAUGAAGACGUUCUCAUCUUUCACUACCUCCCUGCUCUUUUCUCCUUUGUGAAUCACCUCGACAAAAUUAAAGACGUCGACCAACUCCACAGGUCCAUCACCUCAAAAUUGAAUCAAGAUUACCUGAAACUUUCCAGUGCCGAUGAAGUCCGCAUAUCCAACUCAAACCUAAAGGGAUUCGAAGUCCUUAUUUACAUGUUCUUCUUCAUCUACUUUAUUACUUGGUGUAAGUCGCUGGAUGAGAGAAUACGAAAAUUCGAUUUCAAAGAAGACUGCCUCAAAUACAUUGAGAUUGUGAUAAGCUAUGGCGCUGCAGAAAAGCUUCUUUGCUGCACAGCUGAUUCUGCUCACCCCAAAACCACAGAACUCAUUGAAAUGAAAAAUUUGUACGAUUUUCGUUCAUUGUUACAAAAGGUGUUUCCAAGAUUCACCUCUGUCAAAUUCGCCUAUCCCAACCAAGACUUACAGAGCAUCGUAAGCGCCAACCCGGAAUUGACAAAUAUCAAUGCAUUGCUCGUUACCUAUUCAGUUUCUGAUGAAUUUAACGAAAACUUACUAGCACCCUUUUAUCACGAAUUUUUCAGAGAAUUCGUUAAUAACGCAGCAAUUGUGAUGACACUGUUAAGGGACAACGAAGAGGACUUUUUGUUGUCGUCGUUGAAUAAACAGCUCUUGGACGAUCCCAACGCUGCUUCCAAGAAAGCAAAUUCGAACGAUUUUGCUGGUGUUGAUCUUGAUGAAAUUGCAGAAGUCGCAGACUUGGAGAGAUUGUAUUUGGCGUUCAGUUAUAGUUAUCUCCACCGUCCAGAGCUUUGUGCUAUGCUCUGGGUCGAUGAGGAACUUUCACCCGACAUUGUUGGCUUUAUCAACUGGGGACUCAGUUAUAAUACCUCUCCAUUAAUUGCUUCGACUUUUUGCUUGUUACUUGGGUCCAUUACUUAUGCUGGUCCAAGCUCUGCUGUCAAGGUGUGGGACUUGUUGGUCAGCAACAAUAAUGCCUCCUUGAAGAAGAACGAUUACUCGAAAAUAUCACUUGACUCGAUUGUCGACUCUUUGGAAUAUUAUAUUGGCGCCUUGUUUGAAAACUUCGAAAACGACUUGAAUGAGCAACUAAAGCAGCAACAAAAAAGACAAGACUACAUGUUUUCAGCGAACUUUGCAUCGGAAUCUGACUCUCGCAAUAUUACAAUUGAAUUAGCGGAAGACUCCAUUGUGUUCAUUUCUGGGUUCGUUCAGCUUAUCUCGCUGAUUGUGAGAAACAUCUCAUCGUAUCCUGCAGCUUCAACGUUGCUGGCCUCAGAUUCCUCCAACCUUAAGAACACAAUCUUCAACCGCUUUUUACCUCUCAUCACCGAUUUCCUCAAGUUUGACAACACAAUAAUGGGAAUCAAAAACAGCACAGGCGAUAACAAAAUUUACGAAGGUAGCAUCACAGUCAACACAGAAACGAGGGUAGUGUUGAUAAACUUGAUGCUAAACUUUUUGGAAGACUUUGUUCAUGCGAACGAUGACUUGACCUUGCGAUACCAAAUCUGGAAUUUGAUUGACAAGUGGUUUUGCCAUGCCCUUGCCGAAAAAGAGAAUCAAUCCAACGGCUUUUUGAAUAACAACGUUAAAAGAAGCCGUGUGAAACUUGUCAGAAUCGAGGAUGGAUUUCACAUGAACUUAUCACAUAUUUCACAGGUCAACAAUUUUGUCGAUUUGUUGAUUCUGUUACUAAAGCCGUUGCAUAACACUCACCAAGCAUUCAUAACAUACAAGCUCUUGUAUCCACCCGACCUUGGUGAUGGCCACAGACCUCAAGAUCAUAUAGGAAUAUGGCCAUAUAUGGAGUACCUAUUGGUGGAGGUAUUCGGAAAGUCAACCCAAGUUGAUGAGAAAUUUAGGAUACUGCUUCAGCUCAAGUUGGUCAAGCUUAUGGAGCUGUCUUUGAAUGAAAUUGACUGGCAGUUCUUGGCUGUCGUUGCUCCAAAGCUCAUUCGAAACUACGACAUCAGCUCGAUCUUCGACACCUCGUAUGCGCCAUUGGAUUUUCAACUCUUUGCGAAACUUCACCAUUCGAUUGCAAUUCUUCAUUACACCUAUGAAGACAGCGUUACGAGAUCUUUGUUCUCUAUCGUUGACACUGGUAUUGAAGGACUUAAUAGCUCUCCAAAAUCAGAAACUUUGGUUGAAAACUGUUUGAAAGUUGCAGAUAAGAUCCUACUGUUGCAGGACUUUUAUGUCGGCCAGGCACUCCCGGUAUUGAGAGACACAGCAAAACCGCCUACCUCGUCGCAUACAUCAAUGUCUUUAGUCGCAGCUUCUAAUAACAUCUACGACCGUGUGAGUCUCCCACAAAAUUUGGGAAACGGCGUUGUUGACUUUUUCCAGGUCUUUUUGUUCAAUUUAUCGUCCGUUGCGACAUUGGCCUUGUACGUUGGGAGCGACAGUAUACCGAUUGCCAAAGUUUCUCUUGAGAUAUUGAAGAAACUUGCCAGUUCUCAAUUCUUCGAUGGUCAAUCAGGUGCCGAAAAUCUUACAGACAGCAACCGUCUUUUGACAAUUUUCAAAUCUGUGGAUGAAUCUGACAGAAUCAAGUUUGGAUUCAUUCAGCAGCUACAGAAGGAUACUGAAAGCAUCGAGAUUUUGGAACUCAAAUUACAAAUCUUGAAUUUCUUGAUUGAUAAUCUUCAGCUGCACCGAAUGUCUGUCUCUCACUUUUUAUUGGGAUUCAAGUCCCAGGGUGGUAUCAUACACCUUGAUCCAUCUGAUGAGCACAAUACCCUCUUGAAAUCGUUGCUUGUGUCUCUCGAUACUUUUUUCCGGUCCAUGGCUGAGCUAGACUAUCAGAACGGAAACAGGCAUGUAAUUGAUGUUGGUUCCACCACUCUUGUUUCCUUGAUCAUGGAUUUGAUAGCGAACCUUUGUCGUCAUCCUCAGACAUCAUCAACCACUUUGUCAUACAUAAAAGGACUGGUUAAUGUCGAUAUUUUCCGAGUCUCUGUGGAAGCUCAACCAGUCGUUGAUGUGCGAACCAUCUGGUUUGACACGGAGUUUGAUGGAGAAUUGCACGAAAGGUUGCAGAACAAAUUCAUACAGAGCAAUUUAGCUGUUGGGUCUUUCUUUGCAUUUAUAAAGCAGAGGAACCUUGUGUUCCAGCUCCUUGCACUUGAUAUGCUUAAUUUUUCAGAUAACAGUUCUUUGAUGAAGAAGAAAGCGUACAAGCAGUUACUUCUAGCUGGUCAAAACACCUUGAAUGGAGCUCCAAAGUUGCUUUCGUUUCUAGACGUACUCAAUUACGAAUUCAGUGACUUUGGGGACUUGAAAGUGGAGACUUAUUCUCAAAAGUACGACUUGAAGUACUUUUUUGAGUUAUUGCAAAACAAGCCGUCGGGCUUGGGCCGAGCCGUCGAUCUCUCUGUGAUUGAGAAAACUUUCAUGCUUCUUUGCAGAAACCAGAGCGAUAGUAUACUAUCAGAUCUCACGAAAGAGUCGAUAUCUCAACUGAUUAUAACUGAAGGAAACUACCUAGCCGAUUAUAUGACCAAAUUGGUGUUCUCACAGGAGCUUGAAGACCUCCAGGUUUCGUGCUUACACUCUUGGUCCCAAUUAGUUCAAGCGCUUCUUUUGGACGAUUCUAUGGAAUCAUCGGAGAGGAUCAAUUUUAUCAUGGAAGUGUUCCAGAUUAUUCUCCCCAAAAUCAAUGAUUCUUAUGAUACGAGGAUAAGGUUUUGUGAAGAGUUGAUCUCAUUAUGUGUUCCUUUGUUUGAAGUUUUCGAUACAGAUCAAUCGAAAAAAGAAGAUGUGGAGGAACGUAUCCAUAAGUCGAUUCCUUUGCUCUUGACAUGUAUCAAAGGAAUAACGUCAUCCACCUCUACUCCAGAAUUGAGGUCUGACCUUUACGUGCUUUCUACCAAGUAUCUUCAACAAGUAAUGGGGCACGAAACAUUGGAGUUGGUGACGAAAAAUUUGGUCAAAUCCAACGAUACGAGAUUGCUUGCAACUGUAUGUAACGAUGCAAUUUGUGCUGAAGGGGCGCCAAGAAUCACGUCGCUCUUGUUCCUUGAAUCGCUUAUUCAUCUAGCAUCCAACUGCAAAGACGAUUUUGCCAUGGAAACCAUCUUGAAGACCAACUCUCUUGUAUUGUUGGUACAUUCGUUGAAGCGUACCGAUGAGGUGAUAACAGAGUUUCUGAAGGAUGGCUCUCUGAAUAUGCAUAUGGGAGUAGAGUCGUUGGUAUACGAACUCAUUUCAUUCAAGACCAUGCUUUAUGUGUUUUUGCGUAUUGCUCAAACGAGAACAGGUGCAUCCCAGCUUGUUCAAAAUGACAUUUUUACCAUAUUCAAGCUGUUGAAAUUCAUAUCCAUCGAUCCUGACUUGGGCAUGGACCUCAGGCUUAGACCACAAGGCGAUGGAAAUAAGUUUGAGUUGAAUUUUUCACUCGACCAUAACUUGACUUUUUCUGGUGAUCCCGAUGAUGGUAUUUCAUAUUUUGAAUUUCUCAUCCCUGCUUUCCAAGUGAUAAAUGCUAUUUUAUUGGCAAUGGGUCCAUCAUAUAAGCCCACUGUGAUCCAAGCGAAAGAUUUGAUGCGGCAUUUCCGAGUAUUAAUAGUAGGAGUUUUAAAGAGAGAUGUUCUCUUGGCCGAGAAGAAAAAGACAAACUACACUGCAGGGUUGCACCAGUUGAUAGAGUUGUUUACAUUGUUAGACACUUUGGUGACACAAAGUGAAGAGUGA